CUGAGGGAAUAGCCCAUAAUCCCAUAUAGCUUGUGCGGCUACGAGAGAAAAUAUUUUUGUCAGUAAAAGGUCAAGAAAACUUAAGGGUCUUUAUAAUGUCUGCCGACAGUGAAGCAUUUGAAAGAGUAAAAUCUGUCCUUUUGUCAGCUCAUAAAAGCACCACAUCAGAUGAGAAGGUCAGCUUCUACAACUGCUGGGCAGAAAACUAUGAUCGGGAUGUGGCUGUUUUGGAGUACAGUGCACCAAGUGUGGCAGCAAAGUGCAUCGCAACCCAUUUCAGCGGUGUAAGAGAAGCAGCCGUCGUGUUGGAUGUGGCAUGUGGUACAGGACUGGUGGCCAAACAGAUGAAAAAUCUUGGUUUUGGAAAUUUUGUGGGGGUGGAUGGAAGCAAGGCCAUGCUGGACAAGGCGAGAGAGAGUGGGUUGUACCAGGACUUGAAGAGUUGCCUGCUUGGAGAGGAGCCUCUACCCAAACAGUGGGCAGAUAGAUUUGAUGUGGUUGUGAUUGUCGGAGCAUUAAGUGUUGGUCAGGUCCCCUUUGAUGUCAUUAGAGACCUCUGCAAUGUAACCAGACCAGGUGGCAGUAUUUGCAUGACAACAAGAAGUAACCAUCAUAACCUGAAAUACAAAGCUUCCCUGGAGAGAGAGAUGAGGCAGAUGGAGGAAGAAGAGCUCUGGACUUGUGUAGAGAUCACGGAUGUCGACAACUGGGAGAGAGCUGUAUCUGAGCAAGAGGAGGGCUACAUAUCUGGAGCUGUGUACCUCUAUAAAAAAAACUAGAACAUUAAAGGUAUAGUGGAGGAUUUUCAGAAAAUUUUUGGAAAGACCAGCCCUCUCCACUUAGAAAAAAAAUGCAUAUGCACAACCCUGGACCCACUCCCAAGAGGGAACGCCUGUUAAACGUGUGCAAGAGCAUGUACGAGCUCAUUUUCUCCUUGUAAAAGCUCUGUUUAAAAGUUGCUGUUUGCAUCACUCAUUCAAGCUUACUUUCCAAUUGCAAUUUUUCCACUAUGUCAGACUCACCACAGUGUUAUGCAGAGAAUUACCUGCCUGUCGAGAAUUACCUCCCUUCUCGCACACUGAUGAGAAAAUGGAUUUAAAUAAGAAUGAAAAGGGAACUUUUAAACAUAUUCUUAAUAUUUUUUAUAUUUCUUAUGCAUGGAUGCCCUAGAAUUGUUUUUGGUGGACAGAUAAAUGCCAAGAGAUUCCUGCCUGUCGAGAAUUACCUCCCCUGUUGCAGGAGAGUGCAUCACCCUAAACUCUUACACACUGAUGAGAAAUCAGAUUGAAAUAUACCGUAGAUGAAAAAGGGAACUUUCAAACUUAUUCUAAAUGUUUUGCCAGAAAUGAUAUAGAAUGUUGUUGAUAUCUGAAGCAGCAACUGCUAUCACUGAGCAGAGAGUAUAUUCAUUGAAUACUGACUGUAGCACAUCUAAUAAAAAUCAUUUUAAUUUGACUUUAUCUAUCCACCAAAACUAAAUAUUAGGGCAUCCGUGCAUGAGAAAAAUUUAAACAUUAAGAAUUAAUUUCAAUCCGUUUUCUCAGAGGGUUAGGUGAGAAUGGGGACGAGCAUGUAGGAUGGCCUUAAGUAAACAUAUCACCAGAAUAAUUGACAAUUAGGAGGACCACUUAAUUUUAUGAUGCACCCGGAAAACGAACAUCCACUACCAGUGGCGCCCAAAGUACUGUUGAACAGGGGGUGCUGUGACAAUCUGUUUUAUUUUUUGGUUGGUUUUUUUUUUUGGACAAAAGACCUAUGAGCCCAUUGGCCUAUUUAAAAUACAAUAAAAUUAAAUAAGUAAAUAGGUAGAGAUUCACUACUUUGUUGUCAUUGUUAUGUUUCUUUCCAUAACUUAACUAUAUAGAAUUAACAGAACCUCAGUGGAACAUGACUUUGUUUUUAUUCAACAUAUUUCCCAGAACACAGUAAGAUCAAUGCGCUGAUACCAUAUUUGGUGUUCUUCCACAUAAAAUAGUACCAUUGAAUAAUAUAUUGUUUUAUCCCAUACAUAACAGUUCCUCCCAUCCAGCUUUGACGAACCAAAAAUAUACUUAGCAAAAUGUGGUAAUCCAAUAACCUGGCUCAAACAGAAACAUAACAUCUCUUUAGAUAUUUGCAGCACAAAAACGGUUAUCUACUCUUAACAUUUAAAUUGCUUCUGUUAUAAAGGAACAGAUGAUCUACAAAUUCAGUCUCUGAGGUGCUCUGCGAUUUCCCUCAGGAUAACGUCUACUUGUUCGACCAGAGUCUAUGGUGCUCUGUGUGGAAGGUUCAGCUGUUGUCACACUGGUGGAUUGACCCGAACCCUGAACCCCAGGAGAUGUGGCAAAAGUAAACUCUUCUGAGUCUUGAAAUGUAGAUGUGUCCUCAGGUUGCUCCAGAUUUUUGUGAGUCUCCACAUCUAGGAUCUGAGCUAUGCCAGAUUGAGUUAUCUCCAACAUUUAGAUUGUAUGUCAGAGGUCCUGUCUGUGACAGAAUUGUGCCAGACUGCCAUGGUGAGAACUUUUUGUCCAAUGUCAAAAGAUCUGGUUUUGUUCCCUCUUGUUUCCACCGGAAAAGGCUAUUGGUCCUCAACAUUCUGCCGAAUGUCUGGUUUCAACAGAUCCAAACGGGAUCUCCGAUUUCUUCCCAUGAAAAGCAUUGCAGGCGUUUGUCCAGUUGUUGCAUGAACGGUGUUUCUGUAAGCCAAUAAAAAGUUGUCGAUUUCAGUUGCAGAGGUCUCCCCUCUGUCCGGCUGGCUUUUAUGGACCUCUUGAAUGACUGAAUGAACUGUUCAGCUUGUCCAUUCGUUGCAGGGUGAUACAGGGCUGAAGUGAUAUGUCGUACACCGUUGUUCUUAAGAAAACACUGGAACUCUUCUCUAGUGAACUGAUGACCAUAGUCACUGAAAAGCUGAUGAGGCAGGCCUGUGCGGGCAAAGGUGACCUAAGGGCAUUGAUUGUGGUGGCUGUUGUUUCAUGCUUUACAGGAAAAAAAAUCUUGCCACUUUUAGUGAGCAUCAACCACAAUCAAGAACAUUUGGUCCAUAAAUGGUCCAACAUAGUCUAUGUGGAUGCGUUGCCAGGGGGUGGAUGGCCACUUCCACCUGUGCACAGGUGCUGGUUGGGGCUGGCGCAGUGUCUGCGGGCAACCAAUGCAGGACUUAGCCAUGUCCUCUAUUUCACAGUCAAUGCCUGGCCACCAAACAUAGCUCCUAGCAAGACCUUUCAUCUUAACCACCCCCAAAUGUCCAUCAUGAAGUGAAUUCAGCAACCUUUUACGUAGUAGGGGCGGUAUUAAGACACAGGUUCCCCAUAUUACACAUCAUUGGCAAACCGAUAGCUGGUCUUUGCGGCUGAAGUAUGCAGAGAACUGAGUGUCAAUAGAACAUGGCCAGCCAUUCACAGUAAAAUCGUACACUUUGGACAAGAUUGUGUCCCGACUUGUUUCUCUUUUUACUUAAGCACUUGUCACAGGUUCCAUUUGUGAAAUGUGAAACACAGUUUCUGGAUCAGUAGUUUCUUUAGUGGUUUAAAGUUUGUGGAAGGCGUGAAAGUCCAUCUGCGUUUCUGUGCAGUUUUGUCCCUUUAAAUUCAAUGUUGUAGGUGUGUGAGCCAAGGAACAAAGCCCAUCGCUGUAACCGUACUGCAGCCAUGGUUGGCACACCUCUCUGAGGGUUAAAGAUGGACACCAGUGGUCGGUGGUCUGUGACCAGGGUGAAGUGUCGUCUGUAUAAAUAUUAAUUGAACUUCUUCACUCCACACACUAGAUUUAGUGCUUCUCUGUCUAUUUGAGCAUAAUUACGCUCUGCUGCAUUCAGGGACCUUGAGGCAAAAGCAAUUUGUCGUUCCACUCCAUCAGACAUUCCAUGAGAUAGCACAGCACCAAUGCCAUAUGGAGAGGCAUCACAUGCAAGGCGAAGAGAAAGAUUUGAGUCAAAGUGUGUUAGCACCUCAUCUGAUGUAAUGAGCUGCUUAGCACUAUUAAAUUAUUUUUCAGUCUUUUGUCCAGUUCCACUUGACAUUUUGUUGCAACAGUGCAUAUAGCGGGUGCAGAGCUGUUGACAGGUUCGGUAGAAACUUGUGAUAAUAAUUAAUUAAGCCUAAAAAUGAGCAUAAUUCACUGACAGUUUUAGGCUCUGGUGCCUUCAAGACUGCUUCAACUUUGUCUUUGGUUUUGUGGAGUCCAUACUUGUCAAUGCGAUGUCCACCAUUCUCAAUGGCAUCUUUAAAGAACUCACACUUUUUCCUGUUUGCUCUCAGUCCAUAUUUUUCUAACCUUGCCAGGACAGCUGCUAGGUUAGCUAAAUGUGUUUCUUCAUCAACACCUGUGACAAUAAUGUCAUCCAGAAAACAUUGUGUUCCUGGAACGCCCUCUAGAACCUGAUCCAUGGC